CAGCAAAGCAUUGAUCUCCAGUUCUUACCAUUUCCAGGAGUUGCAACAGAAUGAUGCGAAAAGGAAAAAGGAGACGUGGUGCUGUUUACUUGGCUGCAGCUGUUAUUUUUACAUGUUAUUUGGCGCAAACCAUUGACUGUUACCGAUUGAAGAAAACAGAAAGAAGAGAAGGACGAAACGACCCUCAUGCAGCCAAAACAGCAGCUGUCCAGGAGGGAAGAAUUAUUUUUGGGAGAGGCCUUGAGAAAGGGUCUGGCUUUGAGUCUCAGGUCAUAAAUGGAACCAAGAAGACCUUCUCAAAUGUUUCUACUGAAGAUGAAGCUGCUUAUCAAGCGGACUCUCCAGUGUGGUGAAGACCAAAUGAAGUUCAGAGCAGUGGGACAAGGUGCUUCACAGUUUGCAGUGGACCAAGGAAAAGCACAUCCAAUGCCUCUGUCCCAAAUCCCACCAACCUGUGGCUACACAAUGCAAAGGAACCCUCUUGCACUUGUAAUGUUGGUCCCCUAUGAUGGCUGCAACAUGGUUCAAGAGGAUGGGCAUUAUAUGCUCCUAAUGCGCUGGCGAGGAGUUCCAGUUGCCCUCUUGUGUCCAUUUUACCCUCUGCCAGUCACCGCAUCUCCAUCUCCGAUGUUUCCUUGUCCCUUGACUAGGACUAAACCGACUAAUGCUGAACCGACUGAAACUAAACCGACCAGGACUAAACGGACUAAAACCAAACCGACCAGGACUAAACGGACUAAAACGACCAAAACUAAACCAACCAAAACUAAACCGACUAAUGCUGAACCGACCAAAACUAAACCGACUAAAACUAAACCGACUAAAGCGACUAAAACUAAACCGACCAAAACUAAACCGACUAAACCGACCAAAACUAAACCAACCAAAACUAAACCGACUAAUGCUGAACCGACCAAGACUAAAACGACCAAAACUAAACCGACCAAAACUAAACCGACUAAACCAACCAAAACUAAACCAACUAAACCGACUAAAACUAAACCGACCAAAACUAAACAGACUAAAACUAAACCGACCAAAACUAAACCGACUAAACCGACUAAAACUAAACCGACCAAAACUAAACAGACUAAAACUAAACCGACCAAAACUAAACCGACCAAAACUAAACCGACCAAAACUAAACAGACUAAAACUAAACCAACCAAGACUAAACCGACUAAUGCUGAACCGACCAAAACUAAACCGACCAAAACUAAACAGACUAAAACUAAACCGACCAAAACUAAACCGACUAAACCGACUAAAACUAAACCGACCAAAACUAAACAGACUAAAACUAAACCGACCAAAACUAAACCGACCAAAACUAAACCGACCAAAACUAAACAGACUAAAACUAAACCAACCAAGACUAAACCGACUAAUGCUGAACCGACCAAAACUAAACCGACCAAAACUAAACCGACCAAAACUAAACAGACCAAAACUAAACCAACCAAGACUAAACCGACUAAUGCUGAACCGACCAAAACUAAACCAACUAAAACUAAACAGACUAAACCGACUAAAACUAAACCGACCAAAACUAAACCAACUAAAACUAAACCGACCAAAACUAAACCAACUAAAACUAAACCGACUAAACCGACUAAAACUAAACCGACCAAAACUAAACCAACUAAAACUAAACCGACUAAACCGACCAAAACUAAACCAACCAAAACUAAACCGACCAAAACUAAACCAACUAAAACUAAACCGACUAAAGCGACUAAAACUAAACCGACCAAAACUACACCGACUAAAACUAAACCGACUAAAACUAAACCGACUAAACCGACCAAAACUAAACCGACUAAACCGACUAAACCGACCAAAACUAAACCG